UAGAUAGCCACGUUCUCGACGCGUCUCGCUUGCCGGCUCCUCCUUCACUUUUUUCUCCCACGGGCAGGGCACUACUAGAUUCCCUUCCACGCCCAACCUUACCCUAUUUGCUGGCUCGCCGGGAAGUAUUAAUAUUAUUUAUUGCUCUCGAGAUCUGCCAAAGACACCAUGCUCCGUGCCUAGUCACCCCUUUGACCAAGAGAAAAAUAAACAGAGAAAAUAUGGCAGAACAAGACUUCAUUGUCGUCACCUACAAGGGCCAGCGCCUCCUGGUCGCGAAGCCCAAAACCUACUGGGCCCUCAUCGAGCUGGUCGAGGAUGAGUUUAACAUCCCGCGUGGCCACACCCUCCACGCCAACAUUGACUGCCCCUGGGGCAGGUACCAUGAGAUCGGCCUGCAUUGCUCUGGAUAUCCUACGGUAUCUCAUGGUAUGGAGAUCCGCUUUGAGGACAAGUCUCCUCGUAUCCCGCGAGCUUCCGCCUCGAGCACCGACAAAGUCAUGGGAGAAUCGCGUUCCUCGUUCGCCGCUCGCAUGAACAUGCACCGGGAUGUGAGCGAUAACAAUAGCUGGGGCAUCGAGUCUGAGGCCUCAUGGAACGGUCCCAUGCCUCUAGGCCUCACCGCGCAGGCCCUGCACCUGGGACUCCCUCAGACCCAGAAGAUGACCAUCCUAGGACCGGGCCCCAACGACUCCCCGCCCUCGUCCCCCAGCUCCUUCGCGAUCCCCAACCACGGGAUCAACCGCCCCGCCCACGCAGGCCCAUCCACGGAGCACCAGCAGCAGCGCCCCGCCCAGCCGGCCACCACCACCUCGGCCCCGCAGCCCACCGGCCCGGUCCUCGGCCCCGGCGGCCACGGCCUCCGACGCGUCCGCUUCCUGCCCCGCGUCCGCAGCCGCACCCUCCGCCGCCGCCGCAGCAACCGGCUGUUCUUCCCGGCGUCCGCCUCGGGGGGAGUGGGGCCCUCCAACGAGAACGACGACGACAACAACAACAGCAGCAGCAGAAGCCCACCAUCGUCGCCGGGUUCCGUCGUCCGAGUCGCUGUGCCCCACAACAGCCACGCCGACUCCGACGACGAUUACGACGACGACAGCGUGCGCGGCGGCGGCGACGCCACCAGCAGCGGCUGGGAGGUCGGCUCCGAGAGCCCCGACGUCCCCUUGCCCACCGGGGCAGCCUGCAAGCAGAAGAAGGCGGUUCGUCCUUGGGCUGGCAUGUCUAGCCUCUUUUAA